AUGGGUGGUUGUCUCGGAUCACGAAGGAGUCGUCCAUCGAGUGGUGAUUCCCUCAACAUAUCCAUUGGCAAGAAUCAGGCCCUCAAACAUGAAAUGCUUAAGUGGAAGAGUGACGUCCCUCUGACUGACGGACAGUUGAGGUCUAAAAGGGAUGAGUUUUGGGAUACGGCGCCCGCUUUCGAGGGACGCAAAGAGAUUUGGGACGCUCUCAAAGCGGCGGCGUUUGCGGCCGAAAGCAAUGACUUCGCAUUGGCUCAGGCUAUCAUCGAUGGCGCCAACAUCUCACUGCCUAAUGGUACACUACUGGACUGUUACGACGAGUUGGGCAACCGAUACCAACUGCCCAUCUAUUGUGUGAGCGCUCCCAUCAAUUUGAUUGAAGAGAGCAGCGAUUCCGAGUCGCCGUCGCCUGAAAGCGAACCAAUCGGUGUGACCGCUGGUGGCGAAGAGAUAUUUGUCAAGUUUCGGAUCAGUCCGUCGUGUAAUGACGUAAAAAUGGCGGUUCUCUCGAAGGAAACCAUUUUAAGCGCUAAGAAAAAACUGGCGCUUUUAGAAAAUGUUGAGCCCUUCCGACAGAGGUGGUUUUUUGGGGGCAGACUAUUGAGUGAUAAGCUAAGGAUAGAAGAUUGCAAAUUGCAGACUGGUUUUGUGGUACAAGUGGUGGUCUCGCAGACCACAGAUCACUGACAAGUGAGAGACAACGAGUAGUCAAUUGUUUCACACAUCAAACGAGCGCUCCUUUAUUUAAACUGUGAUAUAAACGACAAAAUAUUUAACUUUUAUCAAUUUGGACACAAAAGACAGGAUUUAUUUUACUUAAAAUACUGAAGACCGAAACAAUGAAAGCGUUUUUCUAAACAUUUUGUCCGGUCUUUCGGUUAUUGGAAAUGAUGUGAAAAAGGGAUUAAUUAGUAAAUUAAGUGUCACUUUCAUUCCAAUUGUCGAUCAGAUCACAAAAUCAUUUAAUACUAAUACCAAUAGUCUUACAAUUUUAAGUAGUUUUGACUAAAUUUUUAAUUGUAUUGCAUAUUAUGGUUAUGCCAUUAAUGGUUACUUUCACGAACUGACAAAAAGCCUUUGCAAACAAUUCUUGCCUUCAUUUUCAUAAUGAUAUGUAAAUCUCGACUAAAUUUGAAGACUUUUGUGUUAAGACACUGUAUAUCGCAUUACAUUCGCCAUUCAUUGCAAAGUUUUUUAAUUUCAUUUAGAAAUUGACAAAUGAAUCGAUUUUAAAUAAAUUACAAUAAAUUGC